UGACGUUUAUUUUGGACUAUCCGCUUACAUGAAAAGCACAUGUAACUUAUUGAUACCAGCUUGCUGACAGGAAGGAGAAAAUUAAAUGCGACUAAGAUCUGGAACAAAAACGCCAGGCUGUUACUUACAGAUCCCUGGGUUUGGAGACUACUGGUUCUAAGAAAGGGUCAUUCGUCGACAGAUAUUUUAGUAGUGAAAGGGCCUCACUUACGCAAAUCUAGCUAGAAAUAUGUGGACAAACUACUGGUGAUAGCAGUGAAAGGCAGAUAGACUUAAAGGCUGAUAGGACAGACGGGGCCAAGGAGAAGUGGGGCACUCUUGACUUUUGCAGGCUGCCGAGUGCCGCCACAAGAGCAUCAAUUGCAAGUUCUUGGGGAGACGGACGUGAAAAUAUUCAGGCGAUAACUGGGUCGUACGAACGCAAUAAGUAGUAUUCAUAAGGAUAAAGCCAUUGUUUUUGAAGAGCAAGUAUUGCAUACAACAUUUACUAUAGUAUUCCACGAUGACAAACACAACGAAAAGCAAAAUUAGACCACAAAAGGAAACUGAGGAAAAACAUGGACUACCCUACAAGAUUGCAAAAACAGUAUACAUGGAUUCCUCCUGGAUCUGUAUGGGUAUGUUCUUGGAACUAUCGGGACCCACGCUGCAGGACCUCAAGUAUCGAGUUAGCGCCAACUAUGAAGAAGUUUCACGUGCUCUUAUAGGACGAAGUAUAGGUUAUUUCAUUGGGGCGUUUUUUGGUGGCUACCUCUGUGACCGCUUCAAACGCUACGUGGAUCUCCUCACGGCGUUGGCUUUGCUGGUUGGAACCGUGGGAACGUUUCUAGCGCCCUACAGUAGCAGUGUGGAACUCCUUCUGGCGAUGUUCGCACUCCAGGGUCUCGCAGAGGGAACUCUCGCCAUAAUUGGAAAUGCCAUGUUCAUCCGGGUAUGGCGAGAAAAGGCAUCAGCGCCAAUACACUCUUUACAUUUCUCCUAUGGUGUUGGUGCCUUCUUCGCCCCAAUAAUUGCACGCCAGUUUCUUGCGCCAUCCAUCGACGUAACAAUUAUGCAGAAUGCUGACAAUGACACGUGCUUGAAGUGCACGAACACGGACGGGCUGCUUCCAACUACAGGAGAUAUAAAUGAGACAUUGUUGGCAUCAUAUAGGAAUAAUUCAACAAAUAUCACCACUACGGUGACGGCAUUCGAGUUGUCGAAGAUCGAGUAUUCCUAUAUCAUCGUGGCCUGCGUCUCCAUCGCCAUGCUACUGGUGGCACUGGCGUUCCAGUUCCAUGCUUCGUUCGUCGGUCCUAAACCUCAAAGCGAGAAAAUCAGUUUUAUUGAUAUAUUUUCUCCUGGAUCUUGCGCACAGGGAGAUAAAGCCUUCGGCUUGGCCGUCUUGGUUCUGAUUUUCCUGUUCUAUUUCUUUCUUGUCGGUUGUGAUCACACAGCCAGUAAACUUUUGUACAGCUAUUCUCGUGACACGCCCAAUCAGUUCAGCGUCGGGGAUGCCACCCUGCUGAACUCUGUCUACUGGGGCUCGUUACUUGAGAUACAUGUUGGCGCUGUUCAAAUGCCACUGGGGCAGUGA